CGCAGAUUGGAUGUGGUUAACGACACUUUCUUUGUGAGUUCGUAAGGACGACGAAUUGACAGAACUCGGACUAAAAAUGUGCUCUCGAUUUCCAAAUGAAGACGCGCCCGCGAGCGCAAGGUCAUCACCAGCCAAUCGCACCAAGCAGCUGGUCCAUAUCUCGGCAUGGGCCACAAGAAUACUUGCUUUCCUAAGCAUCAUCCUCGUUGUCGUUACCUUUACGAUACAGCCUAGCAUGAUUGCAUUUCUUAUGUGUGUCACUGCAGUUUUCAGCAUUUUGAGUCCAUUAAGCUUGCUUGCUUGCUGUUAUUCAGAUUGUUCCCGAUACACAAAAUUUGAAAAGCGAUGCGGACUUGUCAGUGUAUUCGUAUGGAUGUUUUUCCUCAACGGUGCAUACAUUAUCGUGUUUGCACUUUGCUGGGAUUUUUGGUUUUUCGAGUCUGGCGCCGGCCGGUACAAAGGAAUGAAUUUGCUGAACACAGUAUUUGCCUUUGCUUUGAUCAUUAACAUCGUCCUGACAAUCUUCAAUCUUUACUCGAUUUGUCUCGUUUACAUGUAUGGAUGCUGUUUUAUGGAUGGUGUUGACAGGGAGUGUUCACAUCAAAGCGUUGACAUGAUGGUUGUGAACCACCCACAACUUAGCAAGAUAGGAGGAGGUGUUCCAGUUAACGGUUCAGGACUCACAAUGCCAAUUGGUCCUCAACAAGGCCAAAUCAGAACUACGACCUCGUUUCCACAACAACAACAACCGCAUCACUCCAACAUGCCGCUUUCUUUGCAACCCGCCCCACAACAGCAGGCAGCUGGUGGAGUGACUGCAGAUUCAGCAAGCCUUUCUAUCCCACAUAGUAUGCCGAUGUUAGAACCGGACGCAAGAAGUCAAAACGAAGCUCCUCCAAGUUACCCUGAGGCAGUUUUAAACGACAAACAUUCCUGCUAGUGUUGCACAGAUACGAACACCAUUUUAGUGCUGUAAAUGAUCUUUAUCAAUCUUUUUAAAUGUUUACUUAGUAUUGCUAGGUGUGACUUUCUAUGGUUUCCUUGAUUUGAUUAUAAGGAUCUGUUUUGUUGAGGGUGGGUUUCGAUAUUGUCCUAUGUACAAUCAGCAGUUAUGUAUAAUCCUUGGGUAAACUUAACAACACAAAUAUGUUCAUCAAUUCUCUGUAUUCUGUUCACAUUUAUUAAACGUCAACAACGCUCAUAUAAAUCCAAAUUGAACGCUCUGAAAGGAUAAGUAUUAACAAUCGUAAGCAUAUGAAAAAUAAUCUAUUUUAUGACUGUCUUAACAUCGUUAACAGUCUAUUCUAUUAUAUAAUUUAAUCGUGUGCAAUGGCAGCUUAAAUGAAAUUACUUACACACACUUACAUGGCAACGUAUCACAAAAACCAUGCACAUCACACAAAACAUCACAUCAACAAUGUGAUUCAAUCUUUCUCUCAAGGUGUCCGUAUUAUUUCCAUGCUGAUUAUCAAUUGUAAACGAAACCCACAUGUGUAAGUAAUGGAAAUAGGCUAAAGACUAAAAACAGAACUGUCGUUUCGAUUUUAAUACAAAAAAUAUAACCCUACAUAUGUCGCUUUUAUUUUUAAUAAUGUGUUCUUUAUUUGUUCCCAGUUUUAGUACAAUGUUGCUUUUUAUUAUGAAACUCUAUGAUCACACAGUUUAAAACCUUUUAUUGAAUAAGGCAGACUGUGUGUGAUGCUCAUAGUUUCAUACAGUGACUGCAUCGUAUCUUUGAAAACUUUUUGCAUUAGGUGCUCUGAAUUGUAUUCCUCUGUCUGCAGAUAGAGUUUGGAUCUCCAAUCAUUGAAGUACUUGGGGUUAACCUAUAAGUUUAUUAUGAUUUGUUUUAUUAUCAAGUUUCCUCAAGUUAAUGAUAAGAUUUACCUUUUACGUUUAUUUUUUAUUUAGGAUAAUUGGGAUAAGAGUGAGGUUUGUGCACGUAAACUGGUUUAAAUCCCCAGUAAAUUUACAUUUUACUGACUGUUCCAAGGCGGUACUUAACAAUCCUUGAUAAACAUACCUAUUUAUAUAUAUAUAUAGUAUGUUUGCACUGUGCUGUUUGUGAAGUUAUGUGCUGUUCUUCCAUGUUUCUUGUUUGUGAUUUUUUGUGUUUGUGUUAUAUGUCUUUGGCGUUUACCCAGUGCCAUUAAACCGGAUUUAUGUUUAAUCCUUUUGCUACUGAGCUUGUUUCUGUAGUUUUUCACAUAAGUACGGUCACAAAGUGCUAUACUUAAAUAAAUAAGGCUGAAUGAACAAUUGCUCAUUCAAAAACAUUGCAAAACCAUUACAAUACAAAAGAGAACAAAUGCUACCAAAUACUGACCAUUGUAUCUGAAUUAUCACUUAAAAACCAUAAACAAGUAAACAAUGUCUGACUCAAUCAUUCAAUUUUUGUACACAAUGAAAACCUUGCUUGAUUAUGCUUUAUGACAUUUGUAUUUUGCCUUAUGACAACUCCAUUCCAACUGUUAAUAUUGUACGUUCCAUUCUGCUCAUUGCUUGUUGCCUGAUGGUAUGUGUAUCAACUAUUAAGCUUCCUUACUAUAUUUUCCUUGUUGAACAAUGCAUGCCUGUGUUUACAAUUUGGGUGCAAGUUAUCGCGCAAAGAUGGUUGCAUCAUGUAUACUGUAGUUUGUCAAUUGUAUAUCUGAAAUAUGUUCUUCACCAUUGCAACAUUCGUUCUUUCAUGUAUCGUGUGUAUUCAUUUAUCCUUCUUUCUUGCCUGACUGCAUUUUAAAUUUGUCACAAGGUGUUUUGAGGGAAAAGACUGGCAGAUGGCGCUUCUUCUUAUGAAAGGAUACGGAAAAUGUCGACAAUGUACGAAUGUGCUUGUACAGGCGCUUAGAGUCAUUUCCCUUUCUAGCGAAUACGCCACGAUAUUGGUUUUUACUACGACACCCUCAAUGAUUGUCUCUAGACUGUUGAUUUAUAUUUAUAUUAAUAUUUUCUGACAAGCGCUCAGAUGAUGGCUUUGACAUGUGUAAAUUCAUGUAAAUAUCAUCUUUGUACCGGCUCUAACGUGUGCCACAUAACCAAGGUUGGUUUCCCGCGUUCUUGUUAACAGCUACCCGAAAAUUUCCGUUGAACAUAUUUGGCUUGGUUUGGAGGUUGGUCAAAAUUAAGGCCAUCAUCUGAGCGCUUGUCAGAAAAAUGGCCGCUUAAAACGUUAUUUUUAACUGGAUUUGAUUUGAAGAUUGAUAUGGCUGUUCCUAAAAUUGUGGUGCUAUUCAUUUUGUGAUAUUUCAGAAUGGAAUUGUAUUAUCUAUACACAGAAGCAUAAAAUCACUUAAAAACUU